AUCCAAUCCAGCCCAAUCUGACACGCCCAUGAAUAUGAGUUACCAAUAUGCCGACCCAAGACCGGCUGACACACAAACAUACGUGUCUGCCUCUGCAGCAUCAUCAUCCAUCUACAACCACCCACCUACCCCCUACCCAGUAAGUAACUCCCAAGCUCAACAAGUAAGGAUAAACAGGAUGGAACAGUCCAGUCCUCAAUGCCACGCAGGCAUAAUGCCAACCCCCCCACCCAAUCAAACCUGCCCAAGACAAUAGCCAGCAGCAAACAUUGGAACAACCUACAGACCCCCCUCCUUUGAACAAACAAACAACUCUAGACAAACACAUUGAUCAGGGGAUGGCACGGCAGGGAUUAGAUUGGAUUGCAUUUCGACUUAGUCGCUGCUGAGUCUGAUAGGGAGGGAGGGAGCUAGUUAGCUGGUUCUUAGUAGAUACUAUCUCAUGUCCGGUCGGUCUUUUGGCCUGUUUAGCCGUAGGUAGAGAUAGGGAGACACUACUGACAACGGAUAGAAAGCGAGGUCAAUAUGGAGUACUCCGUAACUAGCCAGAUAGGUAGUGUAUGUUCGUAGCCCGUCCGCUUUCCGUCAGUCUUGG